AUGGCUACUGAAUCUUCAGAAUUAGAAGAUAACACCAGCCAAUUCCAACUUCAACGCCGCACAUUCAGUGAUGAAGAAAAACCAUUUCAGCAUGUUGUGAUUUCACGUGAGAAUAAGUGUAAGUUUGGAUUAGAUGGAAGAUCUCUGAGAAUAGAUUUGAGGGGAAAUAUGGUGGAUGAUGGGACUGGUUCAGAGUAUGAAAGUUUGCAAUGUGUGAAAGAGAAAGAGAAGAGUUGCCGUGAAUGUGGAGUUGGGGAAGUUGUAGAAGAAUGA